UGAACCUGUCCAACUGAACAUGACCCGAAGGCCGAAGAUGCUUUGUUGCACGCAUCGGAUCAAGUGGCCAACAGUAACCACGGGCUCAAAAACUGACCCGUUGUUCUGGAUACCUGUUAAACUUUUCCCUUGAGCCAGGCCUCCAAGCGCAUGGUAGAAGCAGUCCUGCCAGCCCUAGAAUCCCUAGGAGCUCGGGGCAGCAGUCUUCAGCUAGACACGCUGGAUGUGUGCCGACACUGUGAUUGGUUCAAAGCUGCAAAAGGCACCGACCAAUUGUGCUGGCUUCUUGUCUCCAAACGGAAUGAGACCGAACGGGGAGUUCGUCAGAGAAAUUGACGAAGACUGGAGAGACUAAGAUGGCUCGCGUGAGUUCAAGCUUUGGGCAAACUAAACAUGCGAAAACAGCUUUUUGCCUGUUUGUGUCUUCUCCCUUUCAAGUUGAUCUUCGUUUGCAUUUGCCUUUGUUUCUGAAAGGCAGUGCUACGAAGCUUGCCUGCAACUACCGCUUUUGAACAACUGCCCCAUGCAGAAGGACUGCAGCCCCAAAGCCAGCUUUCCACACAUUAUGGAGUGAUGUCCGCUUCACAUCCUCACAUAACUCAUGUCCAAACGUCCACGCAUGGAGCCUGUCCGGGUUGCCGCUGUUGGUUGUGGAGUCGUUUGGCGCCAUCAUCUCCAAGCGGUCUUGGCCAUGGAGCCCAGGCUCCUCGUUUACACCAGUGUGGUGGAGCCGGACCUAUCAAGGCGCCUCAGCGCGCUGAAGGACAGUGGUGCCAAGAAGGCCUUUGCCACGCUGGAGGAAGCACUGCAGGCCGAUCCUGACCAGGAGCUCUUUGAAGCGGUCGACAUCAUGGUUCCCAAUGUUGGCACGCUACAUGAGGAGGUGGCAUUGAUUGCCCAGAAGGCAAACCGACACAUCCUCUUGGAGAAGCCAAUCUCUGUUUGCAUUGCAUCUGGGCAACGUAUUUUGCAGUCACAAGGCCCUGAGAAGGUCUUGGCGGUGGCAGAGAAUGCCCAAUACUGGCGCGAAGUGGUGGAAGCCCAGCGACUCAUCCAAAGUGGCGCAAUUGGUGACGUGCUGACAGUGAGAGCCAAGUUCUGGGAAAGCGCCCAUCCAGCAUUGAACGAAUGGGCGGCUGAUGGGUCCUACGAGGCAGGCAGCUUCAUCGCUGACGCAGCGGAAGGCUUCGUCUUUGAUGGGGGCCUGCAUUGGCUGCGGCCCCUGCGAAUGUUCCUGGGGAAGGCCCAAUCCGUUUCAGCCGUAGCUGGGCGGGCGUUGCCACACAUGCGUGGUCCUGGGAUGACUCAAGCCUUGAUUUGCUUCGAGUGCGGUGUUACUGCGGUCUUCGAAGCAAUCUUAGCGCCUGGUGCAAUUUCAGAGCAACCCUUCUUCGUGAUACAGGGUACGAAGGGUGAAGUGGUGCUUGAUGGGUUUGCUGGGGGUGGCCGCAUUUACUGCAUCCAAGAUGGAAAGAUGAUGGAGCAGGCUGUGGUGAUUUUGGUGGUUCCCGGAAGAUGAAACGCCACAGACCCAGUUUGGGCCCCUGCGGGUCGCGGGUCGAAGUGAGGACAUCAACCGGGACUAUUCUGGACCCGUUGGAUGGGACACCGGAUAUGCGGGAGAGAUGCGUGACUUUGCCCUGGCCAUUCGACAGAAGACAGCCUUGGCAGCAGCACCACAUGAAGCUCUGGAAGAUCUGAGGCUCAUGUUGGCAAUCAUGAGGGCUGCAAAGACUCGGCAGUGGCAAGUGGUGGCUGACGUGGAUCCAGAAUUGGACAUGGAAAGCCUUCAGCUUCAAGUGUGAG